AUGAUUUUCACAUCAAAUUUAAUCAAAUGUAUUUUAAUAGUGACACUUUUAGUUUUGUGUCAAAUGCAAUUAACAAGUGCCGGUAAUAAUUAUGAGUUGAAUGAUCUUGAUCUUGGUGAUGAUCUUUAUGAAGCCUCGCCUAUGCAACAUCCUCAUCUUCGUCGUCAAAAUUAUCGACGAGCUUCAUUACGUUAUCAUCCUCAUGUUUUAUACAAAAAGGCCAGUCUUCGACCUAUUAUUGGUCAAAAUGGAAAAAUUACAUUUAUCGAAUGA